CAAUGACGUCUCCUCCGCUGAAUGUGGUCUCUGGCGCAGGGGGUUUCCAUCAUGGCGUCAAUGCAGAAAAGAUUACAGAAAGAACUAAUGGCAUUGCAAAAUGACCCACCCCCAGGGAUGACUUUAAAUGAGAAGAGUGUGCAAAAUUCAAUUACACAAUGGAUUGUAGACAUGGAAGGCGCUCCUGGCACGUUAUAUGAAGGGGAGAAAUUUCAGCUUCUCUUCAAGUUCAGCAGUCGUUAUCCUUUCGAUUCACCUCAGGUUGUGUUCACUGGUGAAAAUAUUCCAGUUCAUCCUCAUGUUUACAGCAAUGGACACAUUUGUCUAUCGAUUCUGACAGAAGAUUGGUCUCCAGCUCUUUCUGUACAGUCAGUUUGUCUUAGCAUCAUCAGCAUGCUUUCCAGUUGCAAAGAAAAGAGGCGGCCUCCAGAUAAUUCAUUUUAUGUAAGGACGUGUAAUAAAAAUCCAAAGAAAACAAAGUGGUGGUAUCACGACGAUACAUGUUGAUGCUUCAGAAUCUUAAUAUUUGUAGAAAGAAAAGUACUGCUGAGUCCAAAAGCACUUUGAUCAGUCAAUCUUCGAACUUAAACAGAAACCUGCCGGCAGGCACUGAAGACUACUUCCUUCACUGCAUUUUUACUGGUGUUCAUCUGGGCACAUGCUGAUAGCUGGUUAAGUCCCUGCAUCUGACCCCAUUUGGUUUAUUAACAGUAUUAAUGCAGCACUUAGGAAGAAAUGUUAUAAUUCUAAUAAUAAACCAUUUGUUUAGUUUUUUUUUGUGUGAGGAGAUACCUUGUGAGAAGGUUUAAAGCCCUCCUAUAUUGUGCAAUAAGUAGAUACUGAUGCAUGUUGGAUUUAAAACAGAAAGAAAUCUGUGCAAUAAAAGUUUUGGGAUCCAUUUUUAAUUGACAUUUGCAAUUUUAUUAAUGUACUAAAUUUACUGUAUUAUGGUCAAAUGGCAGGGUAUGUAAAAUCUUGUGGCAUGUUUAGCUACAACAAAUUUCAUAUAUAAUGAAGCAUUCCAGAGCAGGAAAAUUUUUGAGUAUCAUUUGUCUCACUUACAAACUAUAUUUAAUUUAUUGUUCUUGAGUUGAGCCAAAUUGCCUUUUGAGCAAUGUAUUCUUUGUUGGUAUUUUUCAGGGUCAUUGACUAGUCUUCAGUGUGGGCCCUUUUGCUCCUAUUCUUUUCAUAAUGGACAGUUUAAACUGGAACACAUCCAUUAUGCAUUGCUUCAUUUUAUUUUUUCUUCAUUGUCACGUUUUUGUUAUCAUACUUGAAGCUUCUAAUAUGAAAUAUAUUUUGAAUGAAACGCUGUUUUGUUGUAAUAUUGUCUUGUAAAUUAUUUUCAUUUCACUUGUGGAUGACAACUUGUCUUUAGUCCUUUACAAUAUAAAAAGUACAAUUCAUCUUGAAGGAUACAAUUAAUGUUUUCACAAAUUGUUUUUUUUAUUACAUAACACUGUUUUAAUUGUAUGUUUUUGGUUUGUUAGCUUCACUUGAUAAUGGAAAACAGAGCAAAUCUUUGUUAUACCAUUAUUUAUUAAUGGAAUUAAAUACUGUAGGUUGGAAUUUGAAGGUAAUUGUAAAAAAAAAUGGAACUUGUAAAAUAAAUGCCACUAUGGCAUUAUUAGUAGAAGCAAAAUUAGGGCUCAGAACUGUGGAAAACUAUUUCAGGGUGCAACCUUAACCUCCAAAGAUAAUAAGGUAGAUCAGAGAUGACAGUGACCUUUUUCCAAAGCAGUGCUGAUAUGUCUAAGAUAUGUAACCCUUUGUGUACUGAAUCACCUUAGAAGCAUUCACAAGUUGAUUUUGUUAGCUCCUGUAAACACAUUUUAUAGAUUUUUAAUAUAAAAAGAAGUAAGGAAGCUUAUCUCUUCCACAGUAUCCUCCAUAAAUCAGACCAAGAAGUCUAUCAAAAGUUAUUUUUAAUGGUGCAGCAUAUCAGUUAUGUAGUUGUGUAAUAUCCCCUUCGAAAAUAUGUGAACACUGUUAAGUUGUUUUGAGGGAAAGCAACUGUAACUUUUAUAAUCUGUUUCAUUAAUUAGAGUUUUAAAUUAAUUUUCCUGUUGUUGGAUUAAGCUAUUCACAAGCUACUUUUAUUUGCAACAUUCAAGUGGUUUAUCAGUGCAUAGCCAGCGGCAUUUUUCAGCUCAGUGAUAAUUUGAGCAGUUUUUAUAAACAUCUGACUCCUGAUUUUACUGUUGUACUUCAUUCGCAAGUGCCUAUGUACUGAUUGCCAUUGGUCAUAACAUAAUCGUAAAUCUAAAUGAUUAACACUUAAGCUUAAAUUCUUUACUUUUUUUGUGAAUUUUCUUUAAUUGGGUUGUCUUCAUCAUACAUAUAGGCUUGUAAAACUGGGAUUCAAAUUUCAGCGAUUUCAGCAUCUUAGCAAAUGACUACUGUGAGACCCUUAUUCAUAGAAGUGGUGAGAAUUUUGUAUGAAGGUGCAGCUUAUCUUUCGAACCUUUUUACCCAUCUCUAUAUGAAAGUUGUGCAGCCUGCAAUGUUCUGGUAGAGGUUAAAAUCAGAAAAUGUCACUUAAAAAAUGUUAUGAUUUCAAAAAAUUGGCCAAACACUUUGUGUGUAUAUUUUGAGAUGAAAGCCCUUUAGGAAUAAUAUUACGUUUUAACCAGAUUUAACUUAUUAUUUUUAAAAGAACACAGGCUAACUGAUGCUGUGACCUGAAUGUAGCCUAUAUAUUUGUACAGUCUUGUACUUGCAAAAGUUUUAACAAAAUGCUGCAUUUACCACUUAUUAAUAUCAUUGGAGAUGGAAGUAAUGUUAAGGUUUUCAGUGUCUAUUCGGCACUGUUGUGAGUCAAUGUUAUACACUGUUUAAUUACUUCUAUAUUUUCUGAGUGAUGUACUGUGGGGAAAAUACAUAGCAAUGAAUUGGCAAAGGAAAAAAAUUCUAGUUUUAUAAGGCACUUAAAUAACAUUUAUUAACGAAUAACAGUACAGUAUUCUGCUUAGGAUCAUUUUCACUUCUGAAUGCAAUUACCACAAUAUGAGAAUUUUGGAAUGUUGUGAGUAAAUGUAGAAAAUUCAUCAUUUUAUAACAACCUUGCAGUUCUUCAGAGGUCCUCUAUUUAUUCCAGUCUGUUCUUCCUCACCUACUUAAAAAGGACUGAUUUCUGCUGAGUAAGGUAGCUAUUAAGAAAUUGCAUACUGAGAUUUAAAGUGGGUCUGUGGACAAUUUGUUCAAGAAGUUCUGAACAGUGCACUGACGGUGCGGGAUUACAAUUUACAUAAUCAAUAUUUGUCACCUCUGAAAAAUUUGUGAAAAUCUGAUUUCAUGCAGAAUUGACACGUGACCCUUGAAACUUGCUAUGCAAAUUCUUGUUGACUUAGUUUUAAUCCACAGUAUUUGUGAUAAUAUUUUGUUUUUUUUUUGUCUGAAUACAAAGUAGUAGAAAGUGUGAAAUUAUUAAAAUGUAAAUGCCAUAGAAAUGAUUAGGUGCUUCCUAACUCACAUCCUUGCUACUUGUGACUUUUCCUUUUGUUUUCAGUUAUUUAUCUUAUUUCUUUUGUAAAUUUAUUUGCACUUUCACGUCUUUAUUCUGAAGAAUUUUGUGUGUGCUUGAGUGUAUGAUGUAUACAUUGAAUUCUGUAUAUGAAAUUAAUUCAAUCAUCUACAUGUCUGCUGAUUAACAAAGUCCUUAGCUGCAAAGUGAUGACCUAGAGUAUAUCUGCAAAACGUAUUAGAAAGAUGCUAGAUAGGUUGUGCAAACUGAGAGUGUUGGUGGGGGUUGGCAGUAGGACCUGACAACAUCUCUCACUUAGGGGAAUAGUGAAAGCCAGCUAUUACUCCUGUGUAUGAUCACUGAUCUCUUCAUUAACAAUCCCCAGAAGUCCAGACUAGGAUCAGUUUUGAUGUUUCAGUAUGAAUUACCCACCAGAUAAACUCAAACUAUCUUCAAGCAGAAGGUUGUUCAUCUUUUUCAGGAUGAGCCAUGGGCAUGAAGAGCAAAAAUUUGCAGAUAAUUUGCAUAAAGUUUAAUAUUCCUUAUUGCAAAAUAAGCAUUAAUAAUUUACUCUUAAACCAAAACAUUUUGUUGGUGAGAUAUUUACAUAAAAUCGUAAAAGCCUCUUUUCUCAUUGUUCUGCAUGAAUCUUUUUAUGAAGGCACAGCUGUUUUGUGUGCAAAUAGUUGCUGAAGCAAAUAAUAUACAACUCCCAAAAUGUUUGAAUUCCCUGCAAAGCGUAGGUAAAAUUGCAUUUCAGAUUGUUUUUAUAUCUCUGAAGUGGACUGGGCAAUGCCAUGCCUGUUUUGGAACUGAGGAGAACUGACAGGAUAUGAAUAAAUUCUAUUCCAUUUCUGUGAUAAGUCACUCAAUUCCUAUUGCUGGAAUAAGAUUGUGCUUGGGCUUUUGGAAACUGGGAGCAGGUGUGAUGGAUUGGUUUGAGGUAUAUAGUGGUGGCUAGUGCAGAUGAUGAUAAAUAACUAGUGAAUCUGUGAAGCCAUAGAGCCACAUUGCUGGGGAUAAAGUGAAUCUUGGAUAAGAUUAGGAUUGGCUUUCAUAAGAUUGUUCUUAAAAACAUAAAUUGCAUAUUUCAGAGAGAAGUAAAAAAGAAGAAACAUCUACUCUGAUAAUAGUGCAUUCUCUGGUUCUUGCAUAUUUUCCUGAUUUACAUUUUGUUUUAUCUUGUCAUUUCUAUAAAUGUGAACUUUGCUGUUUUUACUCAGUGGAAAUAAGAAAUGUGACGCACUGUCUUGGGAACUACUUUUGUGUAUGUAUCCUCUAAUGUCUGAUCAUCCUGAUGUAUUUUUUGACUGGUUACUUUCACCACUAAUCUAUCAGGGCAGAUUCAUAAUCUUAUAGAAAUUGUUCUCCAUUUAAGAAAAACAUUUAUUUCUUAUGCAAGGACAAUGACAUUCAAUUUAGCUGUUUUAAAAAUAAUA